AUGAGAACGAAUGGGGGUUUCCUUGUACACUGUUAUCAACGUAUCCCAUUUCAGCUCGUUGUCGAAAGUCCUGACCGAGUACUGGCGAAACAACUGAUUCUUGCGUUGUCGAACUUGCUCCCUAUCGGUUGCCUCAAGGUGCUCAUCUACAGCGAAGCGUACGAGACCAAGUACAAUUUGCUGGGCGGUCCACUUGACAUGGACAUUCCCCUUGACGCGAACGUGCUGGUUCUGCGCAUCCAGACCGAUGACAUUGAACAAGCAGCCAAGGGAUCCUUAGAAUCAUGUCGUAUCCGUGUGCGAAGGCGUCCAUUGCCCAAUCCAAGAAAUCCUCGAUUGCUAGAUCGGUAUAGGCAGCUUUUAUUGGAUAGCGAAGUACAUCACACAGUACUGGACGCAACUAUACGUUCGACGCGGGAACAUUGGGUUUCUAAAGCAAAACUGGUAUAUCAAAUGUCUCGCCAAAAGGAAAUCAUCCCAUCAAUGCACGUUAGUAAUGUGUUCAACGUCGUUCGCGGCUGUUCUGAACAGGACCGUGAUGUGCUGACGUUCUGGCAAGAGGGUCUUUCAAAAGUGUAUAAGGAAUCUGUGAUCGCGACUAUUCAUCAACUUCCACAUUAA